AUGUACAUCACCCUCUACUACAUAGUCACCCGGCUCCCUGACUCUCUCCGCGUAGUCAGGGACCACUUCCUCUCCGUUUGCCCCACCACUCUCACCGUUGACCUCCUCGAGAAGGCCCUCCUAGCGAUAGAGAAGAGCAUAGUUGCUGUAGGAGCCUCUUGUGGUGACCCUCGCACCCCCGUCUUUGAGGGGUGUUCUCCCUCCCCCCUCUUGCCCUCUGUUGCCUCUGCUGCUGCGGCCAACCUCGUUGGCUUUGACUCGGUCGGCGCUAUGUCUGCCCCGAGCGGGAGACCCCGCACCAGCAAGGGCAAGGGGGGAAAGGGCGCUGGAGGGGCUGGAGGGGGCGGUGGAGGUGGUGGUGGAGGCAGUGGAGGGAGUGGGGGUGGUGGUGGGAGUGGUGCCAGGGGUGGCGGCGGCAGCGGCAGCAGUGGAGGCGGUGGAGGCGGUGGUGGUGGCGGAGGGAGCGGAGGCGGCGGAGGGAGCGGAGGCGGCGGAGGUAGUGGAGGAGGCGGAGGUGGAGGAGGAGGCGGGAGUGGAGGAGGCGGCGGCAGCGGUGGUGGAGCGGGUCGCAACUCUGCGCAGAGGAGCGGGGUAACAUACUUUGAUCUUGAUUUUGAUGCUAUUCUUGCUGCCAUGUAUGCUGUUGAUACUAGUGUUGCGGGUGACUGUUACCUGUGUGUACCGCCUGACCCGGGCAUUGAGGCCGCUGCUCUAGGUACUGGUGAGGCUGCUGCUCUAGGUGCUAGUGCGUCUGCUGCCCCAGGGGCUAGUGCGUCUAAUGCCCCAGGUGCUGGUGAGUCUGCUCUCUCAGGUCUCUACCUCCCCUCGUUCUCUACGAACUUGGUGAGUGGAGUGGACCUACAGGAUAGGGGGGUUGACCAGUUCACUCCUGCGAGUCAGCAAGUGACCCACUGCACGUGUGCUCGGACAGGCCGACACUUGGCCACGUUCACCCGUCGGCCAGGGUCGAGCUUGUACACCCUUACUACUGAGUCCCCUCCGGCUGCUGAGUCUGGUCAGGUAUCUGCGUCGAGUCAGGUGUUUGCUGCGGCGUCCAGGUCUGGCCCUGAGUGUGCUCCCUGCUCGUGCCGUCUCCUGUCCGACCAGACUCUCCUUUGGCACCACCGCCUUGGUCACCACUCCUUGCCUCGUCUCCGAGGCAUGGCCUCCCGUGUCCUUGUCUCUAGUCUCCCUCGGUCUCUCCCUCCCCUUCCUCCGGGGCCUGGCCCUACCUGCGUCCCCUGCGUCGAGGGGCGACAGCGCGCCGCCCCUCACUCCUCCGAGUUUCCUCCGACAGAGGCUCCGCUUCAGACUCUCCACAUGGACGUGUGGGGCCCAGCCCGCGUCAGUGGGCAGGGGCGCGAGCGGUACUUCCUGCUGGUGGUUGAGGACUACUCGCUUUACACCGCAGUCUUCCCCUUGCGCAGCAAGGGUGACGUCACUGAGGUGUUGAUCGACUGGAUCUGCGCAGCUCGUCUCCAGCUUAGAGAGAGUUUCGGCUCGGACUUUCCUGUUCUGCGUCUGCACUCGGACAGAGGCGGGGAGUUUUCCUCUGCCCGUCUGGGAGCCUUCUAUCGUGCACAGGGCAUCCGCCAGACCUUCACGCUUCCGGCCUCUCCACAGCAAAAUGGGAUUGCUGAGCGCCGCAUUGGCAUGGUCAUGGACGUCGCUCGUACGUCCAUGAUGCAUGCGGCUGCCCCCCAUUUUCUGUGGCCGUUUGCGGUUCAGUACGCCGCACAUCAGCUCAACCUUCAGCCCCGGGUCUCCUUGCCAGAGACCUCCCCCGCCUCGCGGUGGACCGGGAAGGUUGGCGAUGCGUUUGCGUUUCGGGUCUGGGGAUCUCGGGCGUUUGUCCGCGACUUGUCUGCGGACAAGCUGUCCCCCCGUGCUGUUCCCUGCGUCUUCCUUGGCUUCCCCCCUGACGCGCCUGGGUGGCAGUUUUACCACCCCACCUCGCGCCGUGUUCUGUCCUCCCAGGACGUCACCUUUGACGAGUCGGUGCCUUACUACCGUCUCUUCCCCUACCGCACUGCGCCUCUCCCCCCGCCGCCACUCUUCCUUGCACCAGGUCCUCCCCCGGUAGACCCCCUCCCCCCUCAGGGUCCUGCCCCGUCAGGUGUGUCCCAGGUAGACGCAGUCGAGCCUGUCGAGGUAGCUGUUGGCUCUAGUGCUGCUAGAGGUGCUGGCCUGCAGGUGCCGGCCUGGGGGUGCUGA